AAUCACACCUUCAAAUACGUUCAUUCGAGCUUUUGCUCUGUUGAAUCAACGUAUUAACGAUCUGGGUUAUCCUUCUCGAUUUAAAAGGUUGAAAUAAUGAAGCUUGACUUUGGUGGACUAGAAUCGAGUGCACCACUCUAUGGGGGAAGUGAUGAUGUUCUUUCUGAUGGGUUCUCAGCUGCCCCUUCAUUUGACCUUCCGGUUACAUCAGAUUUUGAUGGAUUCCAGAAGAAUUCUAUCCAAAUGGUAAAGCCAGCAAAGGGAACUACAACUUUGGCUUUUAUCUUUAAGGAGGGUGUGAUGGUUGCCGCAGAUUCCCGAGCUAGCAUGGGAGGCUAUAUCUCAUCUCAAUCUGUGAAGAAGAUCAUUGAAAUUAAUCCUUACAUGUUGGGUACAAUGGCUGGAGGAGCUGCCGACUGCCAGUUCUGGCACAGAAAUCUAGGCAUUAAGUGCCGUUUGCAUGAAUUGGCUAACAAGAGAAGGAUUUCGGUGACGGGCGCUUCAAAGUUGCUGGCAAACAUUCUUUACUCUUAUCGUGGAAUGGGUUUGUCUGUUGGGACAAUGAUUGCAGGAUGGGACGAGAAGGGCCCCGGUCUGUAUUAUGUCGACAGCGAAGGAGGACGCCUGAAGGGUACAAAAUUCUCCGUUGGGUCUGGUUCACCAUAUGCUUAUGGUGUAUUGGAUAGCGGGUACCACUAUGAUAUGACGAUCGAUGAAGCUGCUGAAUUGGCUAGAAGAUCCAUCUAUCAUGCGACAUUCCGUGAUGGAGCUAGUGGCGGUGUUGCUAGCGUUUAUCACGUGGGACCGACUGGAUGGACGAAGCUAUCGGGUGAUGAUGUUGGGGAACUUCACUACUCAUACUAUCCUGUUGAACCAGCCAUUGUUGAACAAGAAAUGACUGAAGCUGUAGUUGCUUGAGUGCUGGUAAUUUGUUAAAAAGAUGUAUUUUGUUAUGAUUUUAUGAGUUCAUAUUGACAUUUUUAAGUGGCCUUUUUUUGUUUACUAGAUUUGACUUUCUUAUUGUUCCCAAAUAUUAUGCACUUAUUUGUACUUUGAAUUUGCUGAUUGUAAUUGUUAUGUCGAUCCGCGGAAGAAA